GACUGAUACUACUGCCAUCAUCUACAGUAGUGCAGCACCUCAACAUAUUCACAGAGGAAAUACUACUACUACUACUACUACUACAGCUACCACCACUACCACUACCACUACCUACAAUUACUACUACUGCUGCUGCUGCUACUCUGCUACUACUGCUACUACUACUACUAUUAUUACUACCACUAUUACUGUUACUGCUACUACUACUACUACUACUACUGCUGCUGCUGCUGCUGCUGCUGCUGCUACUGCUGCUACUACUACUACUACUACUACUACUACUACUACUACUACUACUACUAAUAAUAAUAAUAAUAAUAAUAAUAAUUGUACAGGUAAAAAUUUACUUUUAUCUUCUCUACCACCACCUACGCUUACUACAGCUGCUGCUGCUGCUGCUACUACUACUACUACUUCUAAUAAUAAUUACAAUUGCACAGUGACUUUUCCCAAAGAAAGUUGGGAUGAGGCCCAGAGACUUUAUCCAGGUGGCCAUGGCCCUGACUGUAGUUCUCCUCUUAGUCUAUAUUAUGGCCAACCCACCGCAGCAGGCCUGGAAAGGGGCAAGAAAAUUAAGAGAAAUAUUUGGGCAUUCUAAACAAGAGCAGAAUGUUCAAGUUGCAGUAGAAGCACCCAAAGCCAUUCGCUACAAGUGUGGGCUCCCAAAAGCGUGCCCUCUUGACCACUUUGCAUUUAAUAUCAAAAGUGGGGCAGCAAAUGCCAUUGGGCCGAAGAUUUGCUUUGAAGAUAAAGUCAUCAUGAGCAGUGCCAAAAACAAUAUUGGGCCUGGCCUGAAUAUUGUGCUCAUAAAUGGUGAAACAGGGGAAGCUUUGAAGUUUGACUUCUUUAACAUGUACUCUGGAAAAGUCGAAGAGCUGCUGAAAUUCAUUAAAGAUCUAAAGCCUGGAACAAUAGUCCUUGUAGCUUCAUUUGAUGACCCAGCUACAAAAUUGACUGAUGAAGCAAGGAAUGUAUUUGUUAAUUUGGGAAGCACCAUGAUCAACUCUGUGCGCUUCAGAGAUGGCUGGCUUUUUGUAGGAGCUGUUGGAUUGACAGAAAAAAGUCCUUUUGAAAAGACUGCUCAUGUGGUUCCAUGGAGCUGAGUGCCCCUCUGGAAAAUCACCCUGUGGUUGAAGAACUUCUUCCACUGUUCAACGUUUUGUUUAAUCUCUUAAUAACAUGUUUACAUCUGCAUGUAAAGAAUUAAGUCCAGUGGUGAUCACUGUGCAAAAGGGAACUUCAGACUUGCAAACAUUAAAUACUGCACUGUAUGUUCCCAUCUUUGCCCAUCAAACAAUCCUUCGCCUCCAGCAUAAAAAAGUUGGUUGAUCCUAGUAUCCCAUUAGUACCCGUAUGGAAACAUAGCACUGCAUGUGUUCUUUCUGUAAUAUUAUGUGGGAACCAAAUGAACAAACAGCUGUUAUCAGCAUUUUAAUAAUCGCCACCAAUAUUAUAAAAAUGUGAUAGUCAUGCCUUAGAUUUGCAUUCACUGUCUAAGAUCUAAUCAGGACUCAAUACCUGUGGACUGUGGACUAUUCUUUUAUUCUUUUUCCCUCAGAUGUGCAUUGUCUGUGAGUGUGUUGCAACUUUGAAGUAUGUUACUGGGCCGGUAAUUGAAUGAACAGUGAUAGAUAAAUCUAUGAUUUGUUUUACUUGAAAAAAAAAGUUAUUAACCAAGGAAUACAAUAAGAAUUCAGUAUGCAGGGGAUAGUAUACAAACUAAACAAAAACAAAAGAGCCAGGGGUAUAUCACACUAGACAAAAAU